GAGGAGGAGGAGGACACCGGAGCAGCACCGAGCAUCGAGCACAGCCUCUGAAUCAACACAACAACAACACAGCGGAGAGAGACGGAGAGGAAACACUCGGAUCCAGAGGAGCUUAAACACAGAGGGGGACUAAUCCACGCGGAGCACCUUUCACCCACUGACAGAUCUAGACAUGGCUGUCACCUCUCGCCUACUGCUGCUAAUCUGUGCGUAUUUGGCGGCUGUGCUGAUUGGAGGAGCCCGCUCAGAGGGGGUGUGUCUUCAGGACGGGAAGCACAAGGUCGUGCCCGGACCAGAGCCUCACCUGAGCGAGUGUGGGCUGUACGCUGAAAACAGCUGCUGCACAGAAGAGCACAUCCAGGAUAUCUCCCAUGUUCCCACCGACACCAACAAGAACGAGCCCUGGGACAAGUGUGGGGCCCUCAGCUCUGAGUGUGAGGUCUUCCUGAAGCGGGUGUCAUGUUUUUACCGCUGCUCCCCGGAUGCCGCUCGUUGGCCUCACCCUCACCGCCGCUCGUACAUCCAGGCCGUGCCGCUCUGCCACAGCUUCUGCCGUGACUGGUUCUCCGCCUGCAGGAUGGACAUGACGUGUGCUCGUAACUGGGCCAGAGACCCCAGAGGACAGAACUGCACCGGGAACUGUGUCCAGUACCAGCAGAUGUAUCAGCAUGGCAGAGACCUCUGUGAGAGCCUGUGGGGCGACGCCUUCAUGACGGUGGAGGAUGAGACGGAGGAGGUGGGAGAGACCGAAGCCGGGGUGGAGGGCGUUGGCGGUCGCCCCUGCGGCUGCCUGACUCUGAGCCCCUCGGACAAAGACGUGAUCGCCGCCCUCAGAGCCCAGCAGGACGACCCCGAGGAGCUCGACACCACCAAGACCGGCCUGCCUCAGUACCGGGCCCCCUGCCAGACCAAGCUGCCCCCGCCGGCGCGGGGCAUCAGGAAGGGGAACUCGGUGCUGCGUAAACGCUCCAUCGUGGUGGAUGACGUGGAGGGGAGCGGGAGCGGCUUGUAGAGUCCUAGAUUAGAGAUGUUUAGAGGUUAUCGUCUAGAUCCUAAGAAACAGAUUCUGUGGAGUCGUAGCCACGCUCCUCUAACUAACCUUAGCUCACCACCCCGUCUCUUAUAUCACCACAUGUAAUCUCUGUAGGUUAAUAGUGCUGCAGUUUAUCAGGUUAUAGAAGGACUGACAGGCCGGGGACAUUUCAAGAUAACAGAUAGUGACUUAUUUAAACGACCUGAACCACCAGAAUCCAAAACCACAGAGAGAGACCGUUAACAAGACGCAUCUUUAACCUGGGUCGUGGUUUUAUAACUUUGAUUUUAGGACUGCUUGAGUCGACUGCUUCAGCUUCACUAUAGGCUGUAUUUAAAGAUGGACCACAUUUAGAGCUCCUCCUACUGGCUGACUGCAGUAAUGGUCAUAAACCCGCCUCCUCUAUGUUGACAGAUCGGACUUUAAUCAAGCUUUAAAAUCAAAAACACACGUCACAUAAAUGAUCCUCAAACACGUUCCUGUCAUUGCAGGAAGUUCUUAUCACGCUGAUUUAUGUCCAAGAGUUCAUUCCCUUGAAGAGUUAGUCAGUUGAUGAUCUAAAAGCAGACUAAAGAGGCUUUCCAAAACCAUGAAAGUCCACUUGAAACCGACACAAGGAUCUGUUCUGUUGUGGUUUGGAUCUGACCGGCGGUAUCGUGGGGGUUUGGUGAUCUUUGUAUGGUUUAAUCUGAGUCCAGCGGUCGAUCCGAGCUGUGCACACUUCCUCCAAAAUGACGUAGCAAGCGAGAUAGCCAGAUCUCCAGGGAUGAUAUUUUUGCUUCAUUUUCUGGAGGAGAGACAUGUCGUCCAUCUUUACAUGCAGCCAAUCGCCUCUCACACAUCGCAACUCCAAACAUUCUAGAUCCACCUUUGAACCGACGCAUUGCUCUUAAAACAGCGUAAAAUUGGCGUCCCAGUUUCUGAGUUCACAUCCCAUUAAAGAAGCAUUGAACGUGCAUGUCAGGUGUGGCAAAGUCACACCUUUAAGCCACUGAUCAGCUGUUUAUGAUAAGUAACUCUCACUCUGAGGGACAGCUGUCACUGUGCUCCUCUUCAGCACCACGGACAGCGACAUGCGCGCCCGUUUUGGACGGCUUCUGGGUUCCCAAAUUUCUGCUCAGAGGAGAGAGGAUCCAACAGAGAGGAGGAGGAUUGGAGGAGAACAAUACAAGGCUUUACAACAUCACCAGAGUUUGAAAAUUACAGCUUUAUGGAGGUGAAACAGGCGUGGCUGGAAAACACACACACACACACACACACACACACACACCUUUCCACCUCAGAGGGAUGACCAGAGGCGGACAGACGAGGAUCACACUUCAGUCAAAACAGCCAUGAAGCUUUCUACUCAAGCAGAUCAAAAACAGGUUCAACCGUGACCACACAAAUACAGCACCAGGUCCUGUGAGGGCUCUGACCUCAGUAAUGAAUCCACUAAAAACAUCCCAUACAGCUGCAGGAGAGUUUACCUGUUAGCCUAAGAGCAGAGGGUGUGUUAGAGUCCUGCAGUAUUAGAGCUUGUGCAUGAGUCAAAGAUAUCAUCAUUAACCAGGACAGUAUUAUCAACAUGACGUACCUGCAGCAGACUCAGAGUCCCCCUGCUGCUCCUCCUGUGUAUUCAACAUAUCUGUCAUGAGGUCUGUGAUGUCAGGAAGAGGCUCACAGAGGAACAGAGAUGUGACUGUCAGUUAGUCCUUCUAGAAGAGAAAGGAACCUUAGAGGAACCUGAGGUGAGAGAGAGGAACCUUAGAGGAACCUGAGGUGAGAGAGAGGAACCUUAGAGGAACCUGAGGUGAGAGAGAGGAACCUUAGAGGAGCCUGAGGUGAGAGAGAGGAACCUGAGAGGAACCUGAGGUGAGAGAGAGGAACCUUAGAGGAGCCUGAGGUGAGAGAGAGGAACCUUAGAGGAACCUGAGGUGAGAGAGAGGAACCUGAGAGGAACCUGAGGUGAGAGAGAGGAACCUUAGAGGAACCUGAGGUGAGAGAGAGGAACCUGAGAGGAGCCUGAGGUGAGAGAGAGGAACCUUAGAGGAGCCUGAGGUGAGAGAGAGGAACCUUAGAGGAACCUGAGGUGAGAGAGAGGAACCUUAGAGGGAACCUGAGAUGAGAGAGGAACCUUAGAGGAGCCUGAGGUGAGAGAGAGGAACCUUAGAGGAACCUGAGGUGAGAGAGAGGAACCUUAGAGGAACCUGAGGUGAGAGAGAGGAACCUUAGAGGAGCCUGAGGUGAGAGAGGAACCUGAGAGGAACCUGAGGUGAGAGAGAGGAACCUUAGAGGAGCCUGAGAUGAGAGAGGAACCUUAGAGGAGCCUGAGGUGAGAGAGAGGAACCUUAGAGGAACCUGAGGUGAGAGAGAGGAACCUUAGAGGAACCUGAGGUGAGAGAGAGGAACCUUAGAGGAGCCUGAGGUGAGAGAGGAACCUGAGAGGAACCUGAGGUGAGAGAGGAACCUUAGAGGAACCUGAGGUGAGAGAGGAACCUUAGAGGAACCUGAGGUGAGAGAGAGGAACCUUAGAGGAACCUGAGGUGAGAGAGGAACCUGAGAGGAGCCUGAGGAUGUCCUGUUAGUCCGAUCAUAGACCCGUUCUUGUUCUGUGGCUGUUUUCUUUUAUAUCUCCGUCGUGUGUUUCUGGGUGAAGAACUGUUAGACUGAGUGUUUUGUAUAAAAGGAGCGGAUCGUCUGAUUUGUGGUGACUUUGCUGAAAUCGAUGUUCCUGUGCUUUACAUUCUCAAUAAAGACGACCUUUCUAAACGCC